AUGAAGUUAUUACAACAGCUGCUGAAGCAGGGUAGACGACAUGGCCAGCACGACUGUAUGUGGAGGAGAAAACUGUGGUCAGAUACACCAGAAGGCUCGACUCUCACUAUUCAUGAAACACGUGAAAAACUGAAGAAUUUAGUUGGUGCACAAAAGAUAUGGGGAUCAACAGCAUCGGACAACAAUUUUUUACCAAUUGCAACAAGUCAAGAUGAAUUGCCUGUACGUUCAAUGUCAGAUAGUUAUAGGAAAGCUAUAAUUCCACUCGGGUCCAACCCCCAACUAAAGGAGAAGUACAUUAACUACUAUAAUGGUAUCAGAUUUGGAAGAAUACUGGAAGAUCUGGACACAUUUGCGGUGGCUAUAAGUUAUACACAUACCCUGGAUGCCUCGCAUACUGACAGAAAGUCUCCACUGAGUAUAGUCACCGCACUGGUUGACAGAAUAGAUUUGAGCCAAGAGGGUAUUGUUCCUGAUAAAGAUAUAAAGAUGUCAGGAAAAGUGACUUGGGCGGGUAAAACUUCUAUGGAAAUUACCAUGGAACUUGAUCAGGAGGUGGAUGAUGCAUGGAGAAAAAUUUUGGUUGCCAAGUUUCUGAUGGUUGCAAGAAAUCCUAUCACUAAGGGUUCAGCUGUGGUCAAUAAACUGCAACCUGAAGGCCCAGAAGAAGAAAAACUCUUCAGUUUAGGAGAAGAGAGUAAAGCUAAGAGGAUGUUGGAGAGUCAGAAAACACUGUUGAAAACUGCUCCAGAUGAAGAAGAAAGACUGCUUAUACACAAUCUUUUCUUAGAAACAAUGGACCCAACGGCCCAUACAUUCAAAGUAAGGAUAAAACCCCCAGAUUCUGCUUGGAUGGAAGAAACAAUUUUGAAGAAUCUUGUCAUUUGUAUGCCUCAGGAGAGGAACUUGUACAACAAAAUAUUUGGAGGAUUUUUAAUGAGGAAAGCCUUUGAACUUGCAUUUGCAAAUGCUUCACUAUUUUGCAAGUCUAGACCUCAUAUAGAAGUUGUAGAUGACAUAGCCUUCAAAAAGUCUGUGGAAGUUGGAUCAUUCCUAUUCCUCUCCUCACAGAUCGUGUAUACUCAGGAUACUCGCCUAAUGAUGAAAGUGCAUGCAGAAGUUGUUAACCCAAAGGAUGAAUCAAGGGAGACAACUAAUGAUUUUUAUUUUGUUUUCAAUACGAGAGAUGUUAAAGUUCGAAGAGUUAUCCCAAAAUCUUAUGCAGAGUCAAUGUUGUACUUAGAUGGCAAAAGACACUUUGACCAUUAAUGAGGAGCCUACCAUGUCUAGAACCUGCACACCUGGAACCUUGUCUAGAAUCUGUUCACUUUGAGGUACCUACCAUCACUCUGAACCAUGUCUAGGAUCCAUCCAUUUUGAAUAUCAAUGAGGAAAGUGCUUUAUCUAGAACGGUCAACUUUGAACAUUAAUGAAGAACUUGUCAUGUAUAGUACCCACCCACUUUGAACCACAUCAGAGUUGAAUAUUUAGCUUGCUGUUUAGCUAUAAAUUGCAGUAUUGAGGUCUUGAAUAAUCUUUCAUUAUAGUAGUAAAGAUCUGCAUUUCAUAGUGCUGUGAUAUGACUUUAAUUUUUAGUAUUGUUGUUUUAUUGAUAAAAACUUACACACAAAGUCAGUUUUGCAUUACAGUAAUAUUUUCAUCUCAUACACUGCAAAACAUUACAUACGUUAGUAAUUAUACAUAUGGCAAACUUUAUGUUUUGUGUAAAAAAGUAGUUUUAAGAAAUAUAAUAUAGCAGAAGUAUGUUUUAAUGAAUUCAAACAUGAAGAAGAGGUUACACAUCUUGUCGAAUAAUUUGAGGGUAUAGCCAGAGGGGCGUGUUUAAAUUGAUUAAAACAUGCAUCUGUUAUAUGCCAUUACUAUUCUAGUAUGUUUUACUAGUAGAAGGGCAGAUCAGAUAUGGCUGCACUGUUUUUGGAUGCAACCAGACAGGGUGUUCUACAUAGUGACAUGAUAGCGUAUAUUAUUAACCUUUACCCUGCUAAAUUUCUAUAAUGAAUUUUUCCAUCUUUCAAUUUGGACAGUACCAUUAACUGUUAAAAGGGGUGCAUACAAAAAAGAUACUGACUGAAUGGCGAGCAGUGUAGAGCAUGAUCAGACUGCACGGAUGUGCAGGUUGAUCUUGGUCUGCACUGGUUGCAAAGGCAAAAUCCCUUGCCACCAGCAGGUUAAAGGUUAAUAAUAAACAAGAUCUGUAUCAAUUAUUAAUGUUACUGCUAUUAAAUAUGGUCAGUCACAUUUAAGCAUCAUGUAUAUGAAUGACAUCAGUUUUCAUAUAUUCAGGUUGAGAUUUAUUUAUUGAACAAUAUGGCCCAUUACAAAGUGUUAGAUCCCUAUCAGAGAUGUAUGUUUUACUAUUAUCAAAUUUUGUGAUUCCUCUCCUUAACAUGAAAAUAUUUCAAAACCAGACUAUUUCCUAUGAUUUCAAUAUAAUUUUAGUUUUACAUUUGAAUUUGAUAGAUAUUUGGAUAUUGCAUCUUUCUUACUUUCUGUUUCAUUGUACCCCUCCCUCCCCCCGACAGCAAAGUUGUAAGGGGGGGUAUACUGGUUUCAUGUUGUCUGUCUGUCCGUCUGGCCGUAGACGCAAUCUUGUGCGCACCUUCUCUCCUUAUCCCCUUGACAGAAUUGAAUGAAACUUCACACAAGUGAUCAGUACCAACA